AUGGGCAGCCCCGAGUUCUGUGACUCAAUGGCAUACGCACCUGAACGUGUCUAUGAUGACAAGAUGGGCAAGAAUAGACGCGUCGACGAGAUGUGGACGGGAGACUGGUGGUGGCAAGCGCAGGACAAACUUGCGCCAGGUGGGACUGUUGGCGCGUUGGUCAUUUCGACAGACAAGACCCAGCUGUCGACGUUCCGUGGCGACAAGCAGGCAUAUCCUGUCUAUCUCACGCUGGGGAACAUAUCUAAAGAUGUUCGACGUCAGCCGUCACGACAUGCUGCGACUGUCAUUGCGUACCUGCCUACGUCGAAGUUGAAGUUGUUCAAAAACAACUCCCUUGCGUCGUACCGGCUCUUUCACUACUGCAUGAAGCAAGUUCUCGCCCCACUGGUCAAGGCUGGUCGGGAUGGAGUCGAUAUCCUAUGCUCGGAUGGCUGGUACCGACGUGUUCAUCCCCUCUUGGCGGCUUAUCUCGCCGAUCACCCCGAGCAGUGCCUAGUCGCAUGUUGCGCCCAGAACCGGUGCCCGAGAUGCGUUGUUCCCUGGAAUGAGAGAGGGGAGUAUGUGGAGUCAGCAAGUCGACGUCAAGUUGACACCUUACGCACCUUGAACCUACAGAAUGAAGGGGAGUACCCCGACGAGUUCGUCGCCGAUGGGCUUAAAGAAGUCUUCGCGCCAUUCUGGGCGGAUCUCCCUCACACCGACAUCUUUCGCUACAUCUCGUCAGACAUUCUUCAUCAGCUACACCAAGGCAUAUUCAAAGAUCACUUACUCAAAUGGUGCCAAACUCUUGUCAAUCCAGGUGCCAAUCUCGACGACCGUUUCCGCGCCAUGCCACCGUACCCGGGGCUGCGGCACUUCACGGACGGGAUCUCAAAAAUCAAGCAGUGGACCGGGGGAGAGCAUAAGGAGGUCCAGCGAGUACUUGUGGCUGCUCUGGCUGGUGCCGUCAACGCGGAUGUCCUCACUUCAGCAUGUGCACUAAUCGAUUUUAUCUUCCUUGCUCAGUAUCAUUCGCAAACAACGGAGACGCUCACCCGGAUGGAGGAGGCACUGAAGACCUUCCACGAUACAAAGGGCACCUUCUCGACACAGCGAGAUCACUUCAACCUAGCCAAGCUCCAUGCCCUCCUUCAUUACAUCGACUGUGUCCUUUUCCUAGGCUCUCUUGAUGGUCUGAACACGGAGAACACGGAGCGACUCCAUAUCAACUUUGCAAAACGUGCUUACCGUGCGUCAAACAGGAAGGACUUUAUCACGCAAAUGGCGAUGUGGCUCCAACGACACAAGGCGGUUGCGUGGUGGGACAGGUAUUUGGACUGGCGCCUCGAGAUUUGCGCAGGUGCAACAAUAGGGCUAGAUGCGGAAGGCGAUGAAUUGCAAAGGGAGAGCCAAGAGCCGAGCAAGGAGAGCGUGAGUGUUGGCCGAACGUCUCCGUUCCCCAACAUGCCAGUCUCAUCUCUUAUAGACAAUUUCGGGGCCCACCACUUCACCACCGCUGUGACCGGCUUUCUCAGAGUGCGUUGUGCACUACGGCCAAACUUCGAACCCAGCGACAUUGACACCUACAAUGUAUUUGGCAGCGCCGUGGUCCACAUGAAGCCCCGACCGUUUAUCAACGUCAAGAAGCUCGAUGUUCGGGUUUACGCUACGCCGCUGGAGGAAUUGGGUGGACGCAAAGGUACAGUCCCUCCUCGGUGGGAUACCGUACUUGUGGAGGUUGAUAGCGAUGCACGUCGACAUUUUGGUGGCCUAAGUGGGCUGCGUGUCGCUGAACUCCGUGUCAUCUUCAAGUUGCCAUCACAUCUCGGAAAGAUCAACGAACCUUUAGCAUACGUUCACUGGUUCCGCGAGUUGAAUGUGAGUGCGAUUGAACCGAACUCGGGCAUGUUCAAGAUAUCCAAGUCCACUCGCCAUCAUCUUCCCUAUGGUGAAGUGAUCCCUCUAUCAAGGAUUGUACGUCCUUGUCAUAUGAUCCCAUACUUUGGUACUGGACGUGUUCCGCGCGCAUGGCUCCAAAGCGCACCGGCGGAUGCUCACGAUUUUCUGUUAAACAAGUACAUUGACGUCGUGAUGUUCGAAGACUACGUAGUACAUUACAAACAGUACGGUAUCAGUAUUUAG